CAAGGUUAUCAGCACAGGGAAUUUCCAUGGACAGCUGGUCUUAAACUCCUCUGUUAUGGCCUGGAAGGACAAUGAUAAAUAACAUGAAGCAGAGAGCUAAGUCCAGUAGAACUUCUGCUUACACACUAAAUUUGUCACUCUAUUCUUUGUUUUUUUUCCUCCACCUUAGCCACUGUGUUCAGGACCCUUCAAAGUUCUCAGCAGAGUGCCAAAGUAUUUUGUCCUGGAUAUAAAUGGCAGGAAAGAUCUGUCAGCAUCAACCUAGAAAAGGCUCAACUCCACCACUUGAUGCAAUGACACCAGCACAUUCUUCAACUGAUACUUCCACAUAUGUUCCAAUGAUGACAAUAAGAUCGGAUCAGCAGCUACACUGGCCUUCUUCACUUGUACAACAAGCCUAAGGAAAAGAUGGUUUUUUCUUCGAAUGUUCUUUGUAUGUGGAGUUGUCAUCACUCUGUUACUUUAUAUUGUAUUCAGUCAACGAGUUAAAGUAAUACCGGCCACAGAUUCAUGGGACAUUCCAGUGAUUUGGAGUCCAAUAAAAGACGAAGCUGAAAUACCACCUGAGCCACCUUUACCAAAUAUUCUUUAUAUCAAUGCUAGUAAAAUAACUCUUAGUUUGGAUCAAAGUGAGCAAAAUAUAGAAGAAAAUUUUUUUCAGUUUCUCAUUAGAAAAGAAAUUUGGUGUAAAAAGAAUGAACGACUUGGACAUCAAGGAGCAGGUGGUUGGAAUGUCUGCCUUUCUCCACCUUUUGGGCUUUCUAAACCUUGUAUUGUUUAUCUUAUUGGAACAGAUGCAAACUCUGAAUUUGAUGAUGCCAUUUCUUAUAUUUAUGGUUGCCAUGUUCAUGUAUUUAACCCUGCAAAGAAGAAACUUAACAGGAAGAAGUCUAACCUGAUCCAUGUGCACAACUUUGGACUCAGUAAAAAAGAUGAUUCCAGCCCAGAAGGCUGGACAACAGUGACUUUCAAAAAGUUACUUGAGCAGAAUGGUCAUUUGCAAACUAUCAUUUCUUAUGUUAAGAUUGAUCUUGAAUAUCAAGAGUGGGCCUGUCUAAAAACUAUAUUUGCUGACAACAGUUUGGCCAAUGUUAAACAGUUAGCUUUUGAAAUCCACACAGUUUUACCAGGUAACAAGAACAAUGUACGUCCAACCAAAUACGAUUAUAUUAAGAUGUACAAGACACUGUCUCUUCUUCUUCCUUUGAAUUUUCACAAGUUUGACUACAGGCGUAACCCAUUUGGUGAAUACACAUCACCUGUCACCAAAAAACAUCGUUCUUAUGCUUAUGAACUGUACUAUGUGAAUACCAAAUACACCCUGGAAGACUAUGAUGCUGAAGUUUGAUGAUUAUAUAUAUCUUUUUGUAUCUUUGUAUAUGUUUUUACUCCAGCCUUUUCUUUUGUGUUGUUAUUGUUGAGACACUUCAAAUUUAUUAAAAUUACUUCCAACCUGCCUCUCAAACAACUAUAAGACUGAAAUAUUUAUGAAAUUUAGUAUUUCACUUGUUAAUGCCGUUGUGUAGAGGUUGGUUUUUGGUAAUCCAGGUAUGUGACCUAUUUUCUUUUUAUAACUGGUAAGAAUAAUUUAAUUUCACUUACAUUACAUCUGGUCUUUAGGAUGCCUCAAUAAUUACAACUACCCACCCAACCUCACCCAUAUCUUCUUAUUCUAAAAAUUUCAGACUUCAUGACAUUAUAAGAAACCUUACAUAAUAUAUUUAUUCACAAGGCAGUGGGCUGGCAGAAAUGUUAGUAUAUCGGACAAAAUACUUAGCGAUAUUUUGUUUGUCUUUAUGUUCUGAGUUCAAAUUCCGCUGAGGUCGACUUUGCCUUUCAUCUUUUCAGGGUCAAUAAAUUAAGUACCAGUUGCAUACUGGAGUCAAUCUAAUCGACUUGGCCCCCUCCCCCAAAAUUUUCAGCCUUGUGCCUAGAGUAGAAAAGAACAUACUCAUUCACAUUUACUACUACUACUACUACACAUUUUAGUUAUCAUCACCUUCAUUGAUUUCAUCUUCAUCUAUGUUUUUAUAACGGUUCAUAAACGUCCAAGCAAUCUUCAGAGACUGGAGUAAUUGCCUGAUUGGAGUUUCUCAAUAUUAAGUUAGCUGUUUUAUUUAAUAAUUCUGUUAGAUUCUCUCAUUAACGAAACUUGGAAUAAUUACAAUUAUUUCUCUUUCAUUAAUUUAUAGAUUUUGCAAAAAAAUUCCUUUUAUGUUUUUGUAAUUGAGAACUUGAUUUAUUUUAGGUGAAAGGGACAUGCAAUUCUUAAACCUUCAUUCCAAUUAUAGUUUUUUCAGGUACAUCAAUAUCACACCUUUCUUUGUAUUGUCUAUAUGAUAAUCUUUUACACAGUUGGUAUGUAUGAUAUGAUAGCUGAUGUGACUUUAUUCAAUUAUGUGAUCUAUAUUAACCUAGGGAAAUAAAUGUUCAAUGAAAUGAUUGUUAUAAAACAGCAUUUGGCUGCAAACUAAGUUAAAUAUUUAAAAUUAUUAUAAAUAUGUAUAGAAUGGCAAUGUGUAUUAUAUCUGUUUUCCUUGUUACAAAAGGUUGAAUACACUUGUUACUUAUUAAGCAUAAUCCUUUGCACAACCUUAUUGUUUACAAUAAGAAUUUUAUCCGAUUGAAAGAAUGAAAAUGGUGCUGUCUUUUUGUGCAAAUAACCAAGGUUACUUCCCUUGGUUAUUCACUUUUUCUUCUAAUUUAUUCCAAGCAUAGAUCUUUCUUUUUUUACUUUUUUUAAUGUUAGAUCUGAUUAUUUUUUAAAGACUCCGAGUUUGCUUUGGAAGUCUUUUCUAAAAGACUAAUAUCUUUCGGUUAUUCCUUUGUUAUAUGAAGAAACUUUAAGCAUAUAUGGCUGUGUAGUAAGAAGCUUACUUUCCAAACACGUGGGAAAGUGUCUUCUUUAGUCUCAGACCAACCAAAGCCUUGUGAGUGGAUUUGGUAGAUGGAAACUGAAAGAAACCCGUCGUAUAUGUGUGUGUGUGUGUGUGUUUUUGUCCUCCACCACUGCUUGACAACCGGUGUUGCUGUGUUUAUGUGCAAAUAACUUAGUGGUUUGGCAAAAGAGAUCAUCUGCACAGUUGUCAUCAAACUCUCAAUUUCUUUCUCAGUCUUAGUGAAUAGCUUUAGGUCAUCCAUAAACCAAAGGUUGUUUACUUUCACCCUGCCUAGCAGGUACCCCACAUGCAUUUUUCUUAAAAUGCUCGUUAAUGGCAGUAUGCAGACAACAAAUCGGAGAGGUGACAGACUUGAAAGAUCCCUUGAAAGAUUCUGCUUUGAUAUUAACCUCUCCCAGCUUAUCUCAUCAUGCUGUGAGUUCAGUUUGUCACAUUGUCAUUCACUUUUGUAUUAACUUCAGGACAUUGUGGGAGACAUUAAGCAGUUUAAGGCAUUCAAUAAUCCACAAGUGUGGGACCAUGUCAUAUGCUUUCCUGUAGUCCACCCAUGCCAUUGCCAAAUUUUUGUGUCUCUUCUAGCAGUCAGCCAGGAUAGUCUUAUCGAUUAGUAAUUGAUAUUUUGUUCCUCUGCACUUACAUCUACAUCCUUUUUUGUUCCACUGCGAUUCCCAUGGAGUGAUUUUCAAAUGUUGGUAUGCAUGUGCAUACACCAUACUAACUUCUAUCACCUUGCAUAUCUUCUCUGUCUGUCUCUCAUACACACAUGCGCACUCACAUGUAAUCUACAAAUAUCUUUCAAAAUUUAGGAUGACUUGGUUGAAUGUUGCCAUGCCUUUUCUCACGUUUUAGUUGCCUCUGUAGUUACAAGCAGACAACUCGUAUCUACAAUGACUGCCAUACAUAUAAUUUGUCUGGAAAACGAAUUUUUGCAUGAGAGGAGAAGCUUAGGUUUGUAGUGAUGGGAUGUACAAAAUGUUGACUGGGGCCAAUGGAAUUGACUUAUCCCUUGAAGAAGGCCCAGUAUGGUUGCAUCCACUAACGGAAAGUAAUAGAGUGGAAAUGUGCAUUUGUUGAUAGAAACAUAUAUAUAUAUAUAAACUCAAAUACACAGGUGAAUAUAUGAAUAUAGUUAAACUAACACAACAAAGAUUUCUUUACAAUUUUUUCACAUUAUAAACAUUUUAGCUGAAAAUGUUUACUAAUAUUUUCAAUGAAAAUAUAUGCUGUCAUAGUUGUUUACCAUGAAUAUAUUUUGUUUCUGGUAUUUGUCAAUAAAAUAUUUUUUUAAUAACAUUUUCUUUUAAAUGUGAUAUUAAAAAAAGAAAAAAAUUUUACAAUUUA